GCCGCCGCCACAUCCCGGGCCGGGCGGGCGGCGGCGCCGAGGCCACCGGGCGGGCGGGCCUCCAGCGCUCCCCGGACGUCGGGACCCCAGGCCCGCGAGGCCCGAGCCGCGGAAGGGCCUGAGGACCGCGACAGGCUCCGGCUGCACGGAGGAGACACGAGGAGCCAGGAACCUCCAAGGCAAAGCAGAUACUGCAAGGAAAUGUGGACCAGGCCUAAGAAGAAUCGAGUGCGACUUCCGGUUCUUCUGUGUCCCCUGCAGCAGAGUGUAACCGUGUGACCCGCUGAGGACCCAGGUGCCCCACGUCACUCCCGGACAGCGAUAGCCUGAGAAACGCCCACCCCCGAGGUUCCGCGCAGGCUCUGGCCGGCAAGUGGGCGGAGCCGGGACGCUCCGGGGUUCGUUUCUCGGGUUUCACAGAUUCUCUACAGCUCAGUGGGUGUGGCCGCAGCUUGUCAGCGAGUCAAGAUUUUAAACCCAGCCUGCUUGGAAUCGCCUCAGGAUGGCGUCUGCCCUCUGAGGAUUACCCAAAGGUCCGGCCCGCGGCAGGCCCCCUCCUGCCCCGGCUUCCAGGCCCUGGCAGGUGCCAGAUGCCAGAUGCCAGGGACACAGUAGCCUGGGCCAGAAAGUGUCAACAGGCACCUCUGCAGAAGUGAAGUCUUACCACGUUUUCCAAGACCAAAUAGAAAUGGCUCCUUUCCGGAAGAAUCACUGAAUGGCUGACAUUUGACAACAUGCACCACCAGUGGCUUCUGUUGGCCACAUGCUUUUGGGUGAUUUUCAUGUUCAUGGUGGCCAGCAAGUUCAUCACGCUGACCUUUAAGGACCCUGAUGCUUACAGCGCCAAGCAGGAGUUUCUGUUCCUGACCACUGCGCCCGACGCGGGGAGGUCGCUGAGAGAGACGCACUUCCCUGAGGAGCUGAAGCUGACCGGGAAGAUGCUGCCGGGAGGGCGGCUCGUUCAACCCUUGGUCUAUAUGCAGCGCCUGGAGCUCGUCAGGAACGUGUGCAGGGAGGACACCCUGAGGAACCUCUCACACACCGCCGUCUCCAAGUUUGUCCUCGACCGGAUAUUCGUCUGUGACAAGCACAAGAUCCUCUUCUGCCAGACCCCCAAAGUGGGCAACACCCAGUGGAAGAAAGUGCUGAUCGUGCUGAACGAUGGCCUGUGGAUCACCAGAAGCUUUUCUUCACUCUCAUCCUGCCCGCAGAAGCAGUUGAAAUUCAAAGACCUAAACGUGGAUACUGGGAUGGCCCAUGGGGAACGCGGGCCUGGGCUUCGAGACGGGCAUCUGUCUUUAAAGGCAGCAUCCCCAACACGCCCUCUCCCUGUUUGCCUCCCAGGAGCCUUUCCUUCCAUCGAAGAGAUCCCUGAAAGCGUGGUGCACGACCACGAGAAGAACGGCCUCCCGCGUCUCUCCUCCUUCAGCGAUGCAGAAGUUCAGAAGCGCUUGAAGACAUACUUCAAGUUUUUUAUCGUAAGAGAUCCCUUCGAGAGACUGAUUUCUGCGUUUAAGGAUAAGUUUGUUCACAACCCCCGCUUUGAGCCUUGGUACAGGCACGAGAUUGCCCCUGGCAUCAUCAGGAAGUACAGGAGGAACCGAACGGAGACCAGGGGCAUCCAGUUUGAGGACUUCGUGCGCUACCUGGGUGAUCCGAACCAUAGGUGGCUGGACCUUCAGUUUGGGGACCACAUCAUCCACUGGGUGACAUACGUGGAACUGUGCGCACCCUGCGAGAUCAAGUACAGCGUCAUCGGUCACCACGAGACCUUGGAGGACGACGCCCCGUACAUCUUGAAAGAGGCUGGCAUAGACCACCUGGUGUCUUACCCCACCAUCCCCCCGGGCAUCACCGCGUAUAACAGAACCAAAGUCGAGCACUACUUUCUGGGCAUCAGCAAACGAGACAUCCGGCGCCUCUAUGCACGGUUUGAAGGGGACUUUAAACUCUUUGGGUAUCAGAAGCCAGAUUUUUUGCUAAACUAAUGUGUAGGAUUGUGAGUUCAAGUAUCUUUGUUAGACCAGAGGCUAACCAGGUGGAGAUCUGGACACAGAAAUGACACUUUGCUCUGUCACGUUCCCCCUGAACACUCCUCAGUUCCCAUGGGCCUGGGUGCGCCUUGGCCAGUGAAGCUGGACCCUGACCAUUAUGACCUAGUUUGGACAGAAGGUGCCCGGCGGGCCCUGCCCCCCCUCCCGCCCCAGCCCCAGUGCCAUCAGGCCUUUGUUCUCCUCAGCGGGAAAAGAGACUAAACAUUUGCAGUCGAACAGACGGGAGGAAAAAUCAUACAGCCUCGAGUCACCUCCCUCGGUUGUCAGACACCUGCAGCUCCCCCAGACGGUGGGGCGGUCCUGCCUGUCCCCAGGGGAUUGUAGACAUGGCACCCAGCGCUUUCAGGAGAGAUGGAAGAGCCAGUGGUCUGCACACAUCCCAGGGGCCGAGAUAGGGUCAAAUCUGAGUAAUUACACCUCUGGGUUUCAUCUUGGCGCCACUAUAAUCACAGAGGCAGACCCUUCUUUCCAUGACUGUUUUGUUCUGAGAAGUUCAGGGAUGACUCGAGGGCACUCUCUGGUAGUCCAUCUCUUCAGAAUACAUGCCUGUAUGCUGCUGGGCCAGAUUUCCAGACCUCUGCCUGCCAAGUGAUUAUCUCAUUCAGCCCAAGAGAUCCAAUUUUGGAAAGUGAGGGGAGUGUACAUUUUUCCCACCUGAGAAAGGGAACGUCUCUGGGGACCUUAAAGGGAGCCUGGGAAGAGGCAGAGCUGGCCGGGUGCUGGAGCUCAGGCUGCCCUGGACUUGGGCACGUCCGCCCUGAUGACUGUCUGCCUCUUGUCUCUGAUGGCCCCGCGUGGAUGGGCACGGCGGGGGGGGGUCUCCACCUGUCUCCCCCAAGGCCAGGCCCUCCUGGGGGCCAAAGGCAAACACGGGCAACAUGCCAGUAUUGCCCAAUCAGUGCAGCUUACACAUUUCGGUCUCCUUUCGUCUCAGCAAAAUGCGCACCACUGGACCCAUUUCUGAUGAUGCCGUCAUCCUGGACUGUAAGUUGGAUAAUCAAGUUCACCAGCAAUAAAAAUCCUGGGCCGAGGCAGCCCCAGUAACGCACCUUCCAGGCGCUGAGGAGCAGGCCACGGCUACCAUUUCAGAUGCCGUCCGACAGCGAGGCCCCUCGAGAUACGGGAGAGUUUCCCGCGAAAAGUCCCAAGUGUUCAGGCUGCACAGCGCCCAGGAGCCCAGCCUUUCCUCCAGGCAGCCUCCACCGUCCCUUUCUCAGUGUGGCUUCCGGAGUUUGUAAAUGUGAAAGUAACAUGAAAUUAAAAAAAAAACAAACACGUGCCAACCUGACAUGGGCCGCGGUUCCAGGGCAGGUGCUGCGUGGACGCGACGUCCCCGAGGCCUGGCGACGGUGAGGGACACGCGGGCCUGCGUGAUGGCUGCGGGUGAGCCGGUGGUGGAGGAGCGGGGCUCAUGUGCCCGCCCGCCACGCCGACGGAGGGGCAGCCUGCGUGGUGGCCUGUCACCCUCUGCUGACACGCAGAGGCUGCAGGAUCAGUCAUUCUUCUGUCACGUUUUAGAAAAGUCUUGUUGAAAUCAUUCCGCACCUGAUGCAGGAGUGUCUCUGGGGUGGAGCGAAGCUCAUUCCCAGGGGAGACACCGGGCGGGGCAGGGGGAGGAGGAGAUGGCAGCUAGAAAGGGCGACCCCGCAGGAAAUGUGCAGAUGAGCACUCAGAAGUAGCAUCAGCCUGAUUCAAAAAGAAACAGAAGAAGCAACUCUGCCUCCAAGAAGCAGUCUUAAGGCAGGGAGGGCAGUUCCUGAAUUUGGAAGUUUAAUAAUAUUAGGUUGACUUAAUAGGCUUGUGUCUUAGAUUGCUUUUCUCUUACUGGAUUUAUUUUCUUCUCACACAUUUUAAGUUUCAUGGGUCGAGGAGAGGUUUGGUUUCCCUAGUGCUGAGUGCACACAGAGAUGGCAGAUCCCCACAUGCCAGGGGCCCAGGUGGCUCUGUUUGGGGUGGGGAGGGGUCCCGGGAGAAAGAACCGGGGACAGGGUCCCAGAGUGUUACUGGGGGAUGUUGGUUUCCCGUCCGCUCACACUCUACCCCUCACCACACCCCACCCCCACUUCCCCACUCAACCCCAGCUUAGCCCAUUUAACUGGAACCUCCAGAAGCAGGUAACAGCAGAAACCGGGACGAGAAGGGGAAAACGAUCAAGAUGCAGCCAAACUUUGGACAAAGAGCCUUGCCACCCCUUUGAUGAAAUUUAAAUUGUUCUGGUUACUGCUGACGAAAGAUUAAAUCAGUCGAUCUAAGAAAGAAAUGGAAAUUUUUAUUUGAGACAAAUUGAGGAUUAUAACCCGGGAACAGCCUCUCAGAAAACUCCGAGAGCUAUUCUGCCCAUUAGAAGUCAAAGCACAGUUAACAUAAGUUUUUGGAGACAGAGGGCUAUACAUUAAAUGAUGUACUGUUGACAGUUUACACAAUCCAGAUCUUCAGGUACAAAGUGGUGGGUCCUUGUGACCCUUUGCAAGAUUAAGAAAGAACGUUAUCAUUUAAGGAGCUGUCUUGUUGGUUCUAGGAGAACGUUGCUCUUUAUGGCUGAGCAGGUAUUUCUGCCGAUGGGGAGGUUUGGUCGAUGCCUAAUGCAGAGACACAAUGUGCAGUAGAGGGGAGAGAGGAGGCCAAAGGGCAGAGAAGAUUUUUUACGUUUAAGUUUUUCUUGUCUUGCCAUAAAAUGUGUUAUUUCACGGUACCUCUUCCAAGCCCCUUGGACAUGCCAACCGCUGCAUCCGUCAGGGUUCUGGGGUUCAGAGCUGAGCAGAACUGCAAGCUUGCGGCGGAGUAGAGGCUGGCAAGUGCUGAACCGGGCCGCCCAGGCCUGCGGGUGGCAGGUACACAGGAAGGAUGGGGCAAUUACAUGGUUGUUUCCUUGCCCUCAAGCCAAUCUCCCUGUCAGUUUAUUAGCAGUUAUCUUGAAGCUGUCUAAAACAAGACUUGGACAGCAGCAUCACAUCCAUCAUCUGUACUGUCCUCAAAACUGAGUGGACCUGGUAAGUCUUAACAGGCCUUUUUCAGUCGUAUUUCCUAUUGUCUGUAAUCUGUAAACUCUCAAUUGUUGUAACACUGCAAGGACCCCAAAUUCUGGACUUUUCCUUUGUGCUUGCCAAUUUCAACUAGCCAAUCCUUUCUCUCCACCUCUCUCUCUCUCUCUCUCUCUCUCUCUCUCUCUCUCUCCCUCAGAAAGUAGAGAGGAACAGUCAAUACAUGCUUGCACUUUGCCUCUUUCCCUCCACUUUUCCCAACAGUCUCUCUUUUCUCUUUAUCACUCAUAUUAUCGCAGGUAAGUUUCACUCAGUACUGCACUGCAGCAUCACAUGAGUCUCAAUCUUUCCAGCCCACAAUAUCUAUUUUUUAGCCACCCAGCUCCUAACCAGUGAAUAUGAAAUUUGAAAACCACAAAUUUUAGGUCUCUGUAACUGCAGCUCCAAUAUCAGGAUAACGAUUUCUGUGUUAGAUAGGGUAACAUCAGCUUCCCUAACAAACAAAAACCAAG